AUGUCUACUCCCCGAAGCCCGUUUACUAUACCGGAGGCAUUAACCAUCUCGUUCGAUGCUGUUCAAGCUCCAACAUUUGGCCGCGCAACGAAGAGCCUGACGGCGCUGAAAGCUGUUGGCGAUGGGAGCUUCGGCUCUGUCUGGCUAUGCGACUGGCACUCUGAGUUGUCGUUUCCUAUUGAGCUAACAGCACCGUCGGCUGGGCCUGGCUCCCGUCCAGAGUACCAGGGAAAGCGUGUCGUGGCCGUGAAACGCAUGAAGCGGCAGUGGAGGGGUGACGAGGGAGAUUGGAGGACACUCCGUGAGAUACAGGCGCUGCGCUCAAUCCCAAGACACGCCAAUAUCGUGCCCUUGCUUGACGCCUUCGUUGACCCCGACGGGCACGAGCUGUAUCUCGUCUUCGAGGCCCUAGAAGGUCAUCUCCUCCAACUCAUCAAAGCUCGUCGAGGUCGACCACUCGCAGAUGGCCUGCUAGCAUCUAUAUUCGUCCAGCUGACGCGAGGGAUUGCGCACAUACACGCGUCCGGGUACAUGCAUCGGGAUCUCAUCCCUGAGAACAUCAUGCUCACCACCUUCGGACUGCACGAAUAUCCGGGCUUCUACGACGCCGACGACGCAGAGGCGAGGGACGUUCUACUGGUGCUCAAGAUCGCGGACUUCGGCCAAGUCCGGGGAUCUAGGGGUGUGCAGACGUACACGGAAUACGUUGGCGAACGCUGGUACCGUGCGCCCGAGGUCCUUCUCAAGAGUCGUCGAUACACUACGGCAGUUGACAUGUGGGCGCUCGGCUGUAUCGUCGUGGAGCUACUCAAUCUUCGCCCUCUUUUUCCUGGUAAAUCGGAGUACGACAUGAUGGAGAAGCUCGUACACGCCCUCGGGGAUCCUGCGACGGACUUCAGUGCGGAUACAGAGCUUGCUGGGGGUGGCCAGUGGGCAGAGGGAGUUGAGCUAGGGUUGCAAGUCGGGUACAUAUUCCCACAGGGCUCACCACCACAGCCCAUCCGCGAUCUCGUCGGCCUGUCAUACACUCGCGCGAGCCUAACUGAUUGCAUAUCAGCUUUGCUCAGAUGGGACCCUGGUGCACGACUGACGGGUGCGGAAUGUCUGUUCCACCCGUAUUUCAUUCGGGCUUCGGCGUACGUGGACGCGUUGCCCAGCGCACCUGUCUGA